UGGCUGCGGAGCGCCAAGCACGGGUUCGGGCGCCUGGGAGCGGCUGCGGCAUUGGCAGCGACCCGCUUUCUCUCCUCGCCUUCCUUCGCGCCGCCAGCAGCCCGGCUGGCUGUCACCGCCGAGGCCAAGGCGAGAUGGGGCCCCUCAAGGAAAGCUGCAAGAAGGAUCACAAGAUGCAGGACAAGGAAUUUUGCCGCAGCCGGAUUCCUCGCCUGGUACUUCGGCCUCAUCUCCCCCAGCAACAUUUCCAAUACCAGAAGGUGUCUCCAGCAUCCGAAUCCCCCUUUUCUGAAGAGGAAAGCAAAGAAUUCAACCCUUUAAGCUCAUCUGGAAGGUCUGCCAGGACAAUCAGCAGCAACAGUUUUUGCUCAGAUGACACAGGUUGCCCCAGUAGCCAAUCAGUAUCUCCAGUUAAGACUCCACCAGAUACGGGAAACAGUCCAAUCACUUUCUGUACAGGCAGUGAUGGGGGAGACUAUGCCAGAAAGAAAUUUAAUUCAGGAACAGUGGCAGAUGGAACUCAUCAGCCGGCACGAUAUAAAAAGGAAGCAAAGACAAACCUCAUAAAGCCAGGAAGCGAAGCUGAUUUUAGUUCAUCGAGUAGUACAGGAAGCAUUUCAGCUCCUGAAGUUCACAUGUCUGCUGGUUCCGGAAACAAAAGAUCAUCAUUUUCCCGCAACCGGGGACCUCAUGGCCGCAAUCAUGGUUCUUUGCCUUAUAAAUCUGGGUCCAGCCCUCCAACCACAGUCCGUGAGAAGGACUUCUUGUCGAUGCUGUGCAAAAAUCAAUUGAGCCCUGUCAGUCCCCAUCAGAAUUAUGGUGCCUCUUCAGCCAGCAGCAGCAAUUCCGGUUCAUACAAGGGAAAUGAUAACAGCCCAACUUUUAGGCGGCCAGUACGAUACAAUUCUUGCGGUGAGAACCAUGGGAUUAAGCCACCCAGUCCAGAACAGUACCUGACCCCUCUCCAACAAAAGGAAGUUACAGUGAGGCACCUGAAAACAAAACUGAAGGAAUCAGAGAGCAGACUUCAAGAAAGAGAAAGCGAAAUCAAGGAACUUAAAUCUCAACUGGCACGCAUGCGGGAUGACUGGAUUGAAGAAGAAUGUCAUCGCGUGGAGGCCCAGCUUGCCUUGAAAGAAGCACGGAAGGAGAUUAAGCAACUCAAGCAGGUCAUUGAAACAAUGAAAAAUAGCUUGGCUGAGAAAGACAAAGGGAUUCAGAAGUAUUUUGUGGACAUCAAUAUCCAGAAUAAGAAAUUAGAGUCUUUGCUUCAGAGCAUGGAAUUGGCCCAGAACGGCUCUUCUCGUGAGGAUCAGAGCCUAGAAUAUGAAUGUGACUUGUCACCUGACAAGUCUUUCAGCAUGAGUACAACUUAUUCCAAGACGGAAGACAGCAUGUUCACAGAGAACCAUUCGGUGGAGGCAGAUAGCGGCGUACUGCUCAGUGAUGAUGUUGCGAAUGGGAAUGACAUUUUUGAAGAAACCAUGUUUGCUACUACUCCUGAAUUUGGUCACCCGGCUCUUUUUACAUCUUCUACUUUCAACCAUCUGGAUCUGGUGCAAAGCCUAGGCAACUCCCAAGUAGAGGAUGAUAAUCAUAGUGAAGCCAUGGAACAAGCUGUUCAGGCUGAUGUAUUGCUAUACAGGUCAGGCAUGGAGCAGCUGAUUGAGAACAUAUUCAAGGCACAAGAUGUUUGUCCAAUCAACCCAUCUCCCGUUUUGGUGGAAUCCAGUGUAUCUCAUCCUGAAAAUAUCUCAGACUUGCUGGUGGAUUUGACACCCACAGAUCCAAAUUCUGCUAUCCUCUUAUCUCCAUUGGAACCCAUGCCCAGGCCCGUGGAUUCUCGAUAUUACAAAAACCGAGUCAUGAAGGAACUGGAUUUCAUAGAUUAUCACACCACAACCCUUGCGAAUGUGACAAAGAUGUCUGAAGGGAACAUUGUCAAAAGGUAUUGGAGCAGCAACUUCCUCAUAGAUCUGUUGGCCAUUGGUGCCCCCAUUGUGCCAACAAUCAUGUGGAUGUUUAGUACUAGGAGGGGAGGAACAAUUCCAAUCUUCACUUUUGGAGCAUUGUUUCGUGGCUGCUGCCUGCUGGCCUUGAAUUCUCUUCGUCAAGAACCGGUUAUUCUUCAACGUUAGAUAGCACUGUCUUGAAUGGUGUGCCAAGAGAUUGUAUUCUGGUGGAUAUAUAGUGAGGCCAUUUUAAAAAAACAUAAGUGGUGUGCAUCAUGGUGAAUCUGCCUGUUUUGCUCCUAAAUGUUUGAUUUGCACUAUAUUUAAUUGAGAACAUGUUCGUUGUUUGAAAUGGAAGGCAAACUAUUGAUGGCAUGGAGACAUGUUUCCAUUAAGUGUAUACACAAGUGCAUUUAUAGCGCAUGAUCAGCACUUUCCAUCCUGUGGUCGGAUGUAUGGAUUGUGAUACCAAAUGUGUUCUGAUGUGAGGGUCAGGUUCAUUCUUUCAAAGGCAGCAUAUAUAGUCCCAGCAUGUGUUGUCUACGCUUCUUAAUGGCACAAUUGUGAUGCAGUCACGCUCGCAUUCCAUUCAUCUUGUGUACCCAGGGAUCAUAACCAAAUCUGCCCCCCUCCCCCCACAAACCAGUGUAUUCAUGUAGAUGGGUGGGAAUCUUGAAUUGUGUUCUUUUGUUUAUAAAUAUGGCUGUGAAUAUAUUUUACUGAGAUUUGUCUGAAGUCUUAAAUGAAGUCUUACUGGAAGUGUAAUGUUAAUCUAUGAAGGAAUAUUUUAAAUGUGUGAUGUAUUAACUUAUUUUUCCUCUUGUUUAAUAAUCUUUUCAGGAAAGCAAAGACCCUUUGAAUCACAUGUUGUAAAUAAAGCAUGCUGAAACUGAA